GCCGCGCCCACUCCCCCGCCAGCCUGGGCGAUGACGCCACCCCAGGGCGCCUCCGUCCCCCGCCGCCGCUAACCCGGGACCCAUAGACACUCCAUGGCCGCCUCGGCGCCGCCCCCACCGGACAAGCUGGAGGGAGGUGGCGGCCCCGCACCGACCCCCGCGCCGCCCAGCACCGGGAGGAAGCAGGGCAAGGCCGGUCUGCAAAUGAAGAGCCCCGAAAAGAAGCGCCGCAAGUCCAACACCCAGGGCCCUGCCUAUUCACACCUGACGGAGUUUGCACCACCCCCCACACCGAUGGUGGAUCAUCUGGUUGCGUCUAACCCUUUCGAAGAUGAUUUUGGAGCCCCCAAGGUGGGGGGUACUGCCCCUCCAUUCCUCGGCAGUCCAGUGCCCUUUGGAGGCUUCCGUGUUCAGGGGGGCAUGGCAGGCCAGGUGCCCCCAGGCUAUGGUGCAGGGGGAGGAGGGGGACCCCAGCCUCUUCGUCGACAGCCCCCUCCUUUUGCUCCUAAUCCUAUGGGCCCUGCUUUUAACAUGCCCCCACAGGGCCCUGGCUAUGCUCCCCCAAGCAAUAUGAACUUUCCCAGCCAACCCUUUAACCAGCCUCUGGGCCAGAACUUUAGUCCUCCUGGUGGGCAGAUGAUGGCAGGCCCAGUCGGAGGCUUUGGCCCCAUGAUCUCGCCCACCAUGGGCCAACCUCCCAGAGGGGAGUUGGGCCCCCCUUCCAUCCCUCAGCGUUUUGCCCAGCCUGGGGCACCAUUCGGCCCUACUCCUCUUCAGAGGCCUGGACAGGGCCUCCCUAGCCUGCCCCCCAACACAAGUCCCUUUCCUGGUCCCGACCCGGGCUUUCCUGGCCCUGGGGGUGAGGAUGGGGGGAAGCCCUUGAACCCCCCUGCUCCCACAGCUUUUCCUCAAGAGCCUCACUCCGGCUCCCCGGCUGCCGCAGUUAAUGGGAAUCAGCCCAGUUUCCCCCCAAACAGCACUGGGCGUGGUGGGGGCACUCCAGAGGCCAACAGCCUGGCACCCCCCAGCAAGGCAGGUGGUGGCUCUGGGCCCCAGCCGCCCCCGGGCCUGGUGUACCCUUGUGGUGCCUGUCGCAGUGAAGUGAAUGAUGACCAGGACGCCAUUCUGUGUGAGGCCUCGUGCCAGAAGUGGUUCCACCGCGAGUGCACGGGCAUGACUGAGAGCGCCUAUGGGCUGCUCACCACAGAGGCCUCCGCUGUCUGGGCCUGCGACCUCUGCCUCAAGACCAAGGAAAUACAGUCCGUCUACAUCCGCGAGGGCAUGGGGCAGCUGGUGGCUGCUAAUGAUGGCUGAGUCUGAAGAGGAACCCUGCCGCGUGCACAUCCCUCCCCAUGCUCCAGGGUGAUGGGGCCAUCUGUUUCCAGUGGCUUCUCAGCCCCAGUGGGGGACAGAAGAGGAACUUUGAGGGGCAGAAAGAAGAGCUGGAAACUGACACUUUGAGAUCUACAGAGAUCCAGUAAACCAAAGUCCCACAGUUGUGUCUGGAGGCCUGGGCUAGCGGCUGGCAAGAGGAAAACUGCAGGGGGAGAGUCGUGUCCUGGCUGGACUCGGUGCCCAGCACUCUGGUCUCACCCACAGCACUGGAGUUAAGUGUUAAAAGAUUUCUCGCCAGCAAAGUUGGGGGCUGUUACCAUCCCUGCCAUAGCCCUUGGGCCCUGGGCGAGAGCUUUAGGGAAUAAGUCGGGGACUGUUCCCCUUCCCUUAAUUUCCCCAUAGCCUCUGAGACAACCAGAAGAAGCAGAGUUCUUGGCUCUGGUGGUGAUCAGGCUUCUAGGACAGUUGGGUAAGAAAUACUGUCAGAACACAGCUCCCUCAUACCAAAGUCACUGGCCAUUUUCAGCCCCCGAUGCUUGGCACCUAAAGACCACUUUUUUUUUCUUUUUUGCCAAAAAAUGUGGUCUGAUAGCAGAAUCUGUGACAUUUGGACUGGCUUGGCAGCUUGGAUUCUGUUGCUAUGUGUGGUUACCCCAUUCCCCCCAACAUACACAUCUGUUGCACAUUCUUAGCACUGGUCUUGAGUUGGCAUGUAUGUCUUUACCUGCCUCCAGGCCAGGUUGAAGAGCAGCUUGAAAAGGUGCAGAGCCCUGGUAUACCUCAUUUUCCCUCCUGGUGAAAGGAUCCAGGGGAGGCCCUGCCACAGUUUUGGGGGAGGGUGGGAUGGUGCAGCUGGUCCCCACUGCCACGCUGUAGACUCGGGGAGGUCUUGGCUUCCCUUUUCCCACCAUUCUUUUUCCUUUUCCUCCUGCCAGAGCUCUGCCAGGGUUUGAAUUGAUUUGCAGUUUUAGCACAGAAUUGUCAGAGAUAGGACUGGGGCUGUACCUUCUAGCUCAAACACAUUCCUCAUCUGGGUGGGGAAGGGGGCCUUGCCCCACCAGAGUUUGUGGCCCUUUACCCCUUUCCCAGCAUCUAUCUCGGGAAGAGAGAUGGGGCUUGCUGCAGAAGGCACCUGUCUCCCCAGCAGAGUCAACAGUCCUGAGGAAACAAGGGCCCCAGGCUUCUCUCCCUGGUGUCUCUGGCACCCUCCUGCCCAGUCGUCACGAUUUUGCUGCUCUGGUUCCUUUUCAAUACGUUGCUAUUUUUGUGUUGUCUUCUUCCCACUGCCACAUUUUGUGUAAUGGCUCCUGAGGGAGAGUCUGUCCAGUCCCUCUUCCUCACUCCACUACUUUUUGCAAGGACUUGGGGUUGGUGGAAAUGUGGGGAAUGUCUUUUGUACGGUUGGAUUAAUAAAAUGGUUUAAAAAUUCAAACAA